GGAGCGAUGUUCAGGUCAGAAACCUAGCCUCUGGGGAAGGUGAAACAAGCCAUCGAUCCUGCGCGUCUUUCCCAGUUCCCUAGUUUCCUUAGUCUCCGUACCUAGACUGCCUAGACCUGCUGUAUCGCGUCUCGUGCUUUGCCGCGCGCGUACGCCCCACUUUCUACGCCACUGCGCGCCAACCGGAGCGGAAUUACGGCUGGGGCAGGCAGACAGAGGCAGCUUUAGUUUAACUGUUUGUAACAACGAGCACCAUGACUGCAGACCUAUCCCAUGCUGUGCUGGCUUUCGGUGUUGACCUCUACAAACAGCUCACCGUUAACGCAGGCAGAAAUGCCAGGAAUAUCGUCGCCUCACCAUUCAGCAUCGCAACCUCCUUGUCUAUGACUUUAGCAGGAGCCAGGGGACAUACCGCAGAUGAAAUUGCAAACUCCCUCCACACCAAAAAUUCUGAAGAUAUCCACAGCCACUUCUGCAACUUCCUCACUCAGCUCUUGGGCUGUGCACCCGAAGUGACACUCCAAAUUGCAAACCGUCUCUACUGCGAGAAGGCAUUUAAUGUGCUUGAGGAGCACACUAGCAUGCUGAAGAAGUUCUACGGUAGUGCUGUCAUACCCACUAACUUCAAGACAGAACCUGAAGAGGCAAGACUCGCCAUUAAUGCGUGGGUCGAGGAGGCCACAAAAUCAAAGAUCAAAGACGUUCUUCCAGGGAGCAUAAUUGACUCUGAUACGGUGCUUGUCCUAGUCAAUGCCAUUUACUUCAAAGGUAUAUGGAAAAACCAGUUUGACACCUUGGCCACAUCCCCAGGCAACUUUCACGUGUCCAAGGGCAAGGUCAAGAUGGUGGACAUGAUGCACAAUGAGGCACGGUAUCGAGUGUCCAAGUGUGAUGACCUCAAGGCAGGCGCCAUCGAGCUUCCAUACAAGGGUGGCAAGGCAUCCAUGUUGAUACUGCUUCCAGAUGAUGUGGAAGGGCUGGCAGACCUGGAGGCUUCAUUGACUGCAACAAAGCUGGAAGACGUCAUGGCUGCAUUCCAAGGCCCUGCGAAGUCUGCCAACCUCAGCUUGCCGCGGUUCAAGGUCGAGCAAGCCACAGACUUGAAGACGACCUUGCACUGCAUGGGAAUCAAGGACCUUUUCUCAGAUGGUGCAGACCUCUCUGGGAUAAAUGGAAAGAAGGAGUUAGUGAUUUCAGCGGCCAUUCACAAGGCCUUUGUUGAGGUCAGUGAGGAAGGCACUGAAGCGGCAGCUGCGACCAUCAUGGCCGCAAGCAAUAGUUGUGCCAGGUUUGCGACCAACUUCAUCGUGGAUCACCCAUUCAUGUUCCUGAUUAGGUGGCAUGACCCCAGUAUUAUUCUGUUCAUGGGAUCUGUGCGUGACAUUAUUACUUAAGCGUAUUAACAGCUACCUUAACAAAUUUAGCUUGUUGAAACUUUGUCAAUUUGUUUUUUUGUUCAGGAAGAUCGACUAACUUGGCUUUGCUAACAAUAACCGAUUAUAUCAGCCAUUCACUUGAUCUCAGUUACUUUGUUAGCUCGGUUUUCUUAGACGUUACUAAAACUUUUGAUACAAUACACCAUAAUAUUUCGUUUAUCAAUCUCCUGUCUAUCGGAAUAACUGGUCCAGCACUAAAUCUUAAAGACCUACCUGUUUAGUUGCAAACUGACACUGUCUGCAGGUGGGGCUUUUUCUGAAAGUAAAAUUAUUAACCAAGGAGUGCCCCAGGGCUCUAUUUCAGCUCCACUGUUAUUGUGCAUAUAUAUGAAUGAUUUACAUGACUGCCUCAAUUAUACACUACCUAUACUACAUUCAGAUGAUACAAUUGCUUCCCCCCUUAGGUAAAUCAUUACUUUAAUCAAUUAUGAAGCUAAAUAAUGACCUGCCUAAGAUUGAUGAAUGGUGCGAUGCUAAUUUUCAAAUUGUAAAUGCAAGAAAAUUCAAUUCAUGAUAUUCAGGUCAUCACAGAAAUCAUUUCCCUGCUCUCCAGCAACAAUCAUCAAUAACCCAUGAUUCCCCAUUUUCACCAGAGCGCUCUAUGACUUGGCACUACGUGGUGGAAGGAGCAUAGCAAUGAGGGUGCAUGUGAAAAUAUUGGGGGGUCGGCCGCCUCCUCCCGACCCCCAUUAGAGCUCCCCCUGUCGUAGCCUACAGGAUCAUCUUUCAUUAUAGGAUACGAGUCCUGGGACAUUUGUCUGACCUAUUUAAAACCCUUAGUUCAAUUACAGAAACAAGCUCUUAGAAUUACUAUGCACUCGAAAUACAUGCACCUUAGCAGACCUCUAAUUCAGGCUUCCCACAUUUUACCCAUAAAAUCAAUAUACAUGCUACAUGUAGCUUGUACAAAUCAUUAUAUACAGAAGGUUAUUACCCUCUAUCGAACAGUGUCUUUACAACACCCAAAAGGAACACAAGGGCUGUCAAAGAAAAUAAGUUUGACUUACCUAUUUGCCAAAAUAAUGACGGUGAAAGACUACUAUAAUUUAGUGGCACUAUUAUGUGGAAUGAAAUUGCCAAUAAUGCCAAGUAAGAGUGUUGUGCAAAUCAUUCAGGUGUUAUUAGAAGUAAAAAGAUAUUUCACGUGUUUGACAAAAAUGCAAAUUAGCAUUUUCACUUAUUUAGUGUAUCUUCCUAAUAUUUCAGCUCGGGUGACAAGCCUGAGCCAGUGUUAUUUUCAGGGGUUGUCUCCAUAUUUUUGCUUUCAUAUAUUGAUAUGUAAAUCCCUCUUGUCGUUGAAUUUGUGUGCCUAUUUUGCUAUGAACCCUCUACUAGCCCUGUGGCUAUGGGUCCAGACACUUGUAUGCUUUCAUUUUGUGCGCAUAUAUACGUACAUUAAAAAAAAAGACAUGUAUGAGCAUUAUUCAUGGUGCUUGUCUUGGCCUAUUCCAUGUGCCUUCAUAAAAUUUAUUUGCGCUCAGUUUUCCAGUCAACAUGGCCACGGCCUGCAGUUUAAAAUAUGUUUCACAUCCACUGCCAUGGGUGCGAGUGGCAUUGCCUAACAUUCCCACGGCUAUAUUUCAUACAUGUACAGAAAUAAUGAAGAAAGUGGACAGGAAGACAGCGGCCACGUUAGCUCAAUAGUACGGCAUUGCAUAUGUAAUGUGGAAGAUGUAGAUUUGUUUGCCACCUGUGGUGUGUUGUCUUUUUGUGCACCUUCCAUUUCCUUUUUUUUUUUCUUGUUUCUACAGCUCAAUUAAAGAGAACAGUUAAUUUCCCCUA